AUGGGCGGCUUUUGGAAUAUUUCAAACAUUUUGGAGCUUACGAUUUUAUUGGUCUUACGUGAUGGUGGUAAAGUCGAAAAUGCUGCUCUUUUUGGGACGGUCAGUGGUCUUUAUUUAUUAAUUGUACAUAUCCUCAUGAUUUUCUUUAAAGUUUUCUUUCGCAUCUUUAUCAAUGCAAGCAAACAUGCCCCUAACCAAAUUGCGGAUACCCAAGAAGCGCUACAUCUCGAAGAAAAUCCACAAAAUGAAAGUCUCGGAGCAGAAGAUGACGAUAAUCCAGAAACAUUCAUUGAAAAUCUUUCAACUCAAUGGCUGCUUUUCUUUGGUUCAUGUUUUAGGGAAUAUCAGUAA